AUGGACCAAUCAGCAUCUUUAUCUGUACUCUGGAGGUGGUAUAUAUACGCUCUUCACGGUUAUGCUACGGAGAUAAUAUUCACAGCAAUGUGGGAAUUUGUGUUUAACCUGAACUGGAAGCUCAUGGGUAACACCAGUAUAUGGAUAAUGCCAAUAUAUGGAAUUUCGGGACUUGUCUGUGAGCAAAUUUAUUUAGAAUGCUCUAAAAGAAAAUUACCGCUCUUUGCUCGAGGAUUUGUGUAUCUUAUAUGGACAUAUUUGUGGGAGUUUAGCUCUGGAUUUAUACUGCAACAGUUUGAUCUAUGCCCAUGGGAUUAUACUCACUAUGAUUGGGAUGUCAUGGGACUGAUUACGCUAGAGUACGCCCCCCUGUGGUACCUUCUGAGUAUUAUAAUAGAUAGAUAUGUGAUACAAUACACCAGGCAGCUUUACUGGGGACCAAUCCAUAAAGAUUUCGAUAUUGCAGAUAAACAUGAGUAA